GUGAACCGCGCUUGUCUGUGGAAGUACAUGUGAGUUUAUUUAGCUGGACAAUUUCCAUGUGGUUCUGAUUCAACAACUGAUUCAAAGCUAAUCUGUAGCUAGUACUGUCCUGUAAAAAUGGGCAAAAAGGGUAAAAAAGAGCAAAAGAAAGUGAAAGGAGCAGAGAAGACAGCAGCCAAAAUGGAUAAAAAGAUUUCAAAGCGGUCUAAACGAGAAGAGGAGGACCUGGCUGCGCUGAUAGCUGAGUUUCAGUCCUUGGAUGCAAAGAAGACAACGGUUGUGGAGACCGCCUGCCCGCCCCCCUCACCCAGGUUGAACGCCUCACUGUCAGCACACCCCGACAAGGAUGAGCUGAUCUUGUUUGGAGGCGAGUUCUUCAAUGGCAAAAAGACGUACCUCUACAAUGACCUGUUCUUCUAUAACUUAAAGAAGAACACCUGGGUGAAGUCAGACAUCCCCAACCCUCCUCCACGACGCUGUGCUCACCAGGCGGUGGUAGUUCCCCAGGCAGGGGGGCAGCUGUGGUUGUUUGGAGGGGAGUUUGCGUCUCCUGACGGGGAGCAGUUCUACCACUAUAAAGACCUCUGGGUUCUUCACCUCUCCACAAACACCUGGGAGCAGAUCAAGGUUCCAGGUGCCCCCUCUGGUAGGAGUGGACAUCGUAUGGUCCUGAGUAAGAGGCAGUUGCUGGUGUUCGGAGGCUUCCACGAAAGUGCUAGGGAUUUUAUCUACUACAACGAUGUACACGCCUUCAGUCUGGACUCCUUCACCUGGAGUCGCCUCUCCCCCUCCGGCACUGGCCCCUCCCCUCGCUCAGCCUGCCAGAUGACCUCUACCCCCGAUGGCUCCGGGGUCAUCAUCUACGGAGGAUACUCCAAAGUGAAAGCUAAGAAAGAUGUGGAAAAGGGAACCAUCCACUCUGACAUGUUUCUCCUCAAGAGAGAUGGCAAAGAAGAACAAGAGAAGUGGUUGUGGUCCCGGGUGAGUCCCUCAGGCUCCAAGCCACCUGCCCGGUCGGGCUUCUCCCUGGCUGUGGGGCCCACGGGCCGGGCGCUGCUCUUCGGAGGGGUGUGUGACGAGGAGGAAGAUGAAACUCUGGAGGGGGACUUCUACAACGACCUUUACCUGUAUGACAUCAACAAGCACCGCUGGUUCCCUGCUCAGCUCAAGGGCUGUAAGUCGGAGAAGAAGAAGCGUCGAAGGGGGAAGAAGGGAGGGGAGACAGGGGAGGGGUCAGGGGAGGGUCAGGAGGAGGAAGGAGCAGCAGCACAGGGACCUGUGGAGGUCAUCAAGGAGAUCGUCACUGAAGACGGAACAGUCAUGACCAUCAAGGAAAUAAUCCCCGGGACACAGGUGGAGGAAGAGAGUGAGGAAGAGGAGGAAGGUGAGGAAGGUGCCUCGGCCAUACUUGUCGAGCCCUGUGCUCGCUCCAGUGCCAUGGCAACAGUGAAAUAUGGGAAGCUGUAUUUGUACGGGGGCAUGUUUGAGGUGGGUGACCGCCAGUUCACCCUCAACGACCUGUACUGUCUGGACCUCCACAAGAUGGACCAGUGGGAGGUGCUGGUCGAGAUGGACCCCAAGACCCAAGAGUGGCUGGAUGACUGGUCUGACUCAGAGGAUGAUGAGGAGGGAGAUGAAGAGGAGGCUAAAGGAGGUGAUGACGAAGAGGAGGAAUCUGAAGAAGAAAGUGACGAACAGGAUGAGGAGGAUCACCCCCCAGUGCAGCCAGGUGAGGCGCUGGAAGACUUCCAGAGCCGUACAGAGCAAUACUGGGUAGGCCAGGCCCGGGCCAACAUGGGCCCAGAGGCUAAGGACACGAAGGUGCAGAAAGUGGGCAUAGCCAUGGCCAAGGUGUUCUAUGAAGACCAGCAGUGAGCCAGGGUGUAUGUGUAUCUGCCUUCUUUGUUUGUUUGUUUGUGUGUGUGUGUGUGUGUGUGAGACAGGUGGAGAGUGAUAGUUUGUCAUAGGGAAAAAUGAGGGUACUCAUCAGUGUUUCAACUCCAGUCCUCAAGUACCCCCCCCCUCCCCCCAACAGCACACAUUUGUAUUGUAGCCACGGACAAGCACACCUGAUUCAACUUAUCAACUAAUCAUCAAGACCUCAAUGAGUUGAAUCAGGUUAGUUUGUUUGGGGCUACAACAAAAAUGUACGCGGUUGGGGGUACUCAAGGACUGGAGUUGGGAACCACUGAUGAGUAUCCUCAUUCUUCCCAAUGGCACAUUAUUAGAGUUGGAAAACACUUCUUUAAACUGAAGAGGCCAAUUAAAUAAUUUCUCUGCUUAGUGAACAUUUUCUGCCCUCAUAACCAUCCAUGCCUUUGUACAGUAGGCCUAACUGUGCAAGAAAAUAUGCUGCUGUUUUGGCAGUUGGACUACACUGCAGUAUGUAUACUGUAUCGUAUUUGGAAUUAGUUUCUAGUUUCAUAUCUUCAAGAAGAUGGUCAGAAAAUCCUUGUCAUUGCUCACCCCCUUUGAUUAUUGUUUUCUAAACCAAUUUGUCAUUAAACAUCCAACCAUAAUACUUC